CUUUUCCGCCUCUACACAGACCCCGCCCGCUCUCUCACUGCUGACAGUUACAGACUUCUCAAACUUGAGUUAUUUUUCGUUUUUCGGGACUAUGUUCGCUACUGAGAAUGGCGGAGGCCAGCGCGCUUGAAGAGCUCCAGUCCGAGCUCACCUGCCCCGUGUGUCUGGAGCUGUUCCGGGACCCGGUCAUCCUCGAGUGCGGCCACCACUUCUGCCAGAAGUGCAUCAUCCAGUGCUGGGAGGUCAAAGCUGAAGAACUAUCCAACUGUCCCAAGUGUAGAAAAGCCUGUGCCCGCAAACUUCGUCCCAACUCUCUGCUGUGCAACGUUGUGGACAGCGUGCGCCGCGCGCGCGUCAUGGACAGCUCUGCUGUGCCAACGGCCUUGGACACGGAAGACGCGCUAGAAUACCCCGAGGAGCGCGAAUUCGGCUCCAGUAUGAGCAGUGUGGCCUCGUCCAUCUCUCACUGGCCCCGGAUGUGCUCGGACAUGUGUGAGGAGCACGAGGAGAAGCUGAAGCUGUACUGUGAGGAUGACCAGCUGCCCAUUUGUCUGGUGUGUGGUAUGUCCCGGGACCACAAGACUCACAAUGUCAUCCCCAUCAACGAGGCCUUUGAAAACUACAGGGACAAACUGUCAGUGGCUCUGCAGAGGGUGCAGCUGCAGGCAGAGGAGGCCUCGCUCUUCCAGAGACAAACCAAUGAUAAGAUUCUCCUCAUUAAGGAAAAGGCUGGAGACCUGGAGGAGCAGGUCACAGCGGAGAUUGGACGUUUGAGGGACUUUCUUCUUGAAGAGGAGCAACGCAUCAAGGAAAAACUACAGAGGCAGAAAGAGGACAAACUUAAUCAACUGGAGGAGGCUCUGACACAGGCCACAGAGCAGAUAAGCCAGCUGGAAAAAACAGCUGAUGAACUGUGUGCCAAACUAAGAGAGGAAGAAAACCCAGAGCAACUCAAGGGAAUCAAAGACUUCAUCGGAGGGGCUGAGAGCCUGUUUGAGCACCCCCCGGAGGUGAGUGUGGAUCUACAGUCUGGAGAGUUCCUGGGCCCUCUUCAAUACAAAACAUGGAGGAAGAUGUGGUCAAUAUUUCAGUCAGCCAUGACCAAAGUGACUCUUGAUCCGGACACAGCCUAUCCUUGCCUGUGGGUCUCCGAGUGCCGCACCAGUGUCCAGGUGGGCAACAUCCGCCCCACCCUCCCCAAUAACCCAGAGCGCUUCACCCGCUACAACAUCGUCCUGGGGUCCCAAGCUUUCACUUCGGGGCGACACUACUGGGAGGUGGAUGUGGGAUCAAAAACUGCCUGGGGGCUUGGAGUAGCCAGGGCAUCUGUUAACCGAAAGGAGGAGAUCAGCCUCUGUCCUGAAGAUGGAUUCUGGACCCUAGUGCUCCGGGACAAUGGAGACGGGACCAGCCAGGGAGACAAACAGAUGAUGCCAAAAGGCCAAGUUACAGGUCAGAUCUGUGGAGAGGUAAAAAAGGAACGGAAAAAAGAAAGGAAAAGGGAAAAAAAGGUUCAAGCUGCGAUCAAGAAGAAAGUAGAGAAGCAGAAGAAAAGGAAAGACAACCAGGGAAGGACGCCCGGUGAAGUCUCAACGCCGCAAACGCCACGGCAGAGGAAAGCCCAAGUGGUGAGGCCCAACCCCACCAUCGAAGAGGCACAAAAACUGGAGCAGACCCUGGAGGAGCUGAUGGAGGGACCACAAAGAAAAGAGUCACAGGAGCCAGAGAAGGAGGCGGAGCCAGUGGACCUGCUGCCCAUCGUCACCUCUGUGUUUGGACAGGACAGGGAGCUGAGGCCGGAGGAGAUGGAUGAGCUGAGAGAGGCAUUCACAGAGUUUAUGAACAAAGACGGCUACAUCAGUCACAAUAACCUGGGCGAGUGCAUGAGGACGAUGGGGUACAUGCCCACAGAGAUGGAACUGAUUGAGCUGAGCCAGCAGAUCUGUGGAGGCAAAGUUGACUUUGAGGACUUUGUAGAACUAAUGGGACCAAAGAUGUUGGCAGAGACCGCAGACAUGAUUGGGGUUAAAGAACUACGGGAUGCGUUUAAGGAGUUUGACUCCAACGGCGAUGGCUUGAUCAGUUUAACAGAGCUGCGCGAGGCCAUGAAGAAGCUGAUGGGGGAACAGGUGACAAACCGAGAGAUCAACGAGAUCUUGCGUGAUGUGGACUUGAACGGAGACGGGCUGGUGGACUUUGAGGAGUUUGUGCGGAUGAUGUCACGCUGACGCUUCCACCUGUUGGGGGGCAGAUGGACAUUAUGCAAUGGCUGGUUAAACACUGUAUGAAUGAACAAUUGCUCAUGACACUAUGGUUUUAUAUUAAAGGAAAUGUUACAAAUAUAUACAAUUAUAAGCAUCUAAACAUCUAAACUUGAAGUGCAAUAGAAAAAAAAAAAAUCAUAGUUGCAUAUCUUAUGCUCCAUAUAAAACAUAACUGUUUUUUUAUUUUUAUAUAUCAGUGUUGAUCGUAUGAGUGUAAGAUAUUGUUUGUGAGGGCAUUUUAUAAUGUAUGCAAAGUAAUAAAUG